GCUCGACUGAGAAAAUAAGAAAGAAGCAUGAGUAGGAAUCAGCCGUAUUUGACUUACAGAUCACUAAAACUGCAUUUUGUUAGUGUUUCGAGUAUAUCCAUAUGGAAAGUGCAAAAGAUAUGAAGAAUAACAGACCAAGGAGUUCCGCCACCACCAACAGCCAACUUACCCAAAAGACGUUAUACUUCCGGGACCUAGAGUGUGUAUCUUGUUAUUAUCUAAACUGUCUUCUUGCGAAUGAUUGCCAGCAGUAAGGAUGUAGUUUUUCGGAACCGGCUUUUUGCAAGCCCUCUCAUAUUUACUAACCG